CCACCUUGUACCAAUGCCCUGGCGCUCUCCCCAAACCACCUACUCCAGUGCGCCAAGGGAGGGAAGGCUGUCACAGCUACAGCCGCGAGGAAGUGACUUGAGCUGGCCUCCCGGGGGAGCCUCCGAGCUGCGCGGCCCCGGGAACCCCCGCUCGGGAGCGCCCCUCCCCGGCCGGCCGCGGAGCCGCCACGUGCUUGCAGACGCAGCUGCUCCCCGGCGCCCAGGGAGGUGCAGACUCUGGGCGGCCGGCCCUGAGUGGAGCUCGGAGGAGAGGAGGACGGAGCGUGUGCUGGGAAGCCGCGGCCGGCAGCAUGGCAGCGGCUGCCGGGCCCUUGUUGGGAGGCCGGGUGGCGGCGGCGGCGGCAGUAAGAGGUCUGCUGGGCUGCUGCCUUCGGGGAGCCCCGGCUCCGGCUCCUGCCGCCGGGACCCUUAGCUGCCGUGUCAAGGGCUUCUGCACGGCGGCCGGAGCUGCCCCGGACAUGAAGAGUUACCUGUGGGAGCGCUACAGGGAGGCCAAGAGAAGCACCGAGGACCUGGUCCCUUCAAUUAUGAGCAACUUGUUGAAUCCAGAUGCAAUUUUCUCCAACAAUGAAAUGAGUCUGUCAGAUAUUGAAAUCUACGGCUUUGAUUAUGACUAUACACUUGUCUUUUAUUCUAAGCACCUCCACACCCUCAUCUUCAAUGCAGCUCGGGACCUUCUCAUCAAUGAGCAUCGGUAUCCUGCAGAAAUUAGGAACUAUGAAUAUGACCCAAAUUUUGCCAUUCGUGGACUCCACUAUGACGUACAUCGGGCUAUAUUGAUGAAGAUUGAUGCCUUUCAUUAUAUCCAGCUGGGAACUGUGUACAGAGGACUCAGUGUUGUCCCUGAUGAAGAGGUCAUUGAGAUGUAUGAAGGCUCCCACAUCCCCCUGGAACAAAUGAGUGACUUCUAUGGAAAGAGCUCUCAUGGAAACACAAUGAAGCAGUUCAUGGACAUCUUCUCCUUACCAGAGAUGACCCUCCUUUCUUGUGUGAAUGAGUAUUUUCUGAAGAACAACCUUGACUAUGAACCUGUGCAUCUCUACAAGGAUGUCAAGGAUUCAAUCAGAGAUGUCCACAUCAAAGGGAUCAUGUACAGAGCAAUUGAAGCAGAUAUUGAGAAGUAUAUUUGCUAUGCUGAGCAGACCCGAGCGGUGCUGGCCAAGUUAGCUGAUCAUGGCAAGAAGAUGUUCCUUAUCACCAACAGCCCCAGUAGCUUCGUGGACAAAGGAAUGCGAUACAUCGUUGGGAAGGACUGGCGGGAUAUGUUUGACGUCGUUAUUGUUCAGGCCGAGAAACCAAACUUCUUCAAUGACCGGCGGAGACCAUUCCGUAAGGUGACUGAAAGAGGUGUGCUCCUUUGGGAUAAAAUCCACAAGCUGGAAAAAGGCCAGAUUUACAAACAGGGCAAUUUAUAUGAAUUUUUGAAGCUUACUGGAUGGAGGGGUUCCAAAGUGUUGUAUUUUGGAGAUCACAUAUAUAGCGAUCUGGCUGAUUUGACCCUGAAACAUGGCUGGCGGACUGGAGCCAUUAUUCCAGAGCUGAGAUCCGAGAUCAAGAUUAUGAACACUGAGCAGUACAUUCAAACCAUGACCUGGCUGCAGACUCUGACUGGAUUAUUGGAACAGAUGCAGAUUCACAGAGAUGAUGAGUCUCAGGUGAUUUUGCAAGAGUGGAAAAAGGAAAGAAAGGAGAUGAGAGAAAUGACCAAGAAUUUCUUCAACUCCCAGUUUGGAAGCCUGUUUCGCACCGACCAGAACCCUACCUACUUCCUGCGGCGCUUGUCUCGAUUUGCUGAUAUCUACAUGGCGUCUCUGAGCUGUCUCCUGAGCUACGACCUCAGCCACACGUUCUAUCCCAGGAGGACCCCCCUGCAGCACGAACUCCCAGCCUGGUCCGAUCGGCCCCCAGCAGGGAACUUCCGCAUCCCUGUUGCCCAAGGGGUCGCCCAGGCCAAGUAACCCAACAGACCACUGGCAGACAUUGAGGCAUUAAUACCAAGAAGGGUGUAAACUUCGCUUUUUAAGCAAACAUCAAUGUUGUAUUUUGCUAUUUAUAUGGUUUUAUCUGGUGAAUAAAUUUCCUUGUGUUGUUGAUAGGACAGAAUUCAGAAUGAACUGGUCUAACCCUCUUCGGAUCUUUGUCUCCUGCUGAUGAUAAUGGGAAUCAUGGACACCCGGGGGAGGGAAAAUAGAUCCCGUACGUUUCUGUUGGCCGAAAGUGAGCUUCAUAUUGAAAGCCCGUUUUUUCAGCCUUUCAGUUUACAAAGGUCUUGGAGCGAACAUGAAUUUUUCUGGGACGGAUAAUUCCCUCUUUGUACUGAUUCUAGAAUGUUGUACUUGGCCAAGUUUUGAUAGUCUUGAAACGGCUGUGUUUCUUGAUCAUUUAUUCAUUCAACAGCUCUCUAUUGGUUUCCUGAGAUGUGUAAGAUAUUAUGGGAAAUAAAGAGACGCUACCUCUUUGUCCUUGA